UUUUGUGUCUAGAUAAACAGUCGGUGACAGUUUCCCCGAGCAAAGGCUUCCUGAUGCACUGGGUAGCCCUUCCCAUAAAGGGGUAAUCAGUCUUCAUUCAGUGUACUGUCCACCGCUAAGCAAUUUUCGAUGAACGGUAGAUCCUGCCCAGCAACCUCAACAUGUGGACUGUACCCUUCGUCGUUGGACUGGCUCUGAGAGCAGGAAUGACUAACGCUUGUUAUAAAGAACCGCCACUGUUACUGGAACCGCAUGUCCGGCUCUCGCUUACAGAGCCUGCGCUUACAUCGCCACGUAACACAAGAUGUGUCACCCCUCCUCCUGUAGGAUCCUGCUCCCGACACAGAAGAGGUUAUUUCUACAAUUACGAUACAGGGCAUUGUCAGCACUACAGACGAAAAUGCGGAGAGUACGACGACCAUGAAAAUUAUUUUACAAACAAGAGCAGCUGUGCAGUAGAAUGUCAGCCGAUGGGCCCUACCGUAGUUUGCAGAGCCCUUGUCCUUCAAGUAGGUUGCAACAGGACAGAAGGGGCGUACCACUUCAAUGGCGCAAUAGGCAAAUGCGAAUACUCUCCCACUGGUGGAUGCUCUCCAGGCAUCAACAGCUUCAAGACUCUGAAACAAUGCAAGCUCGUGUGCCAGGCUGAUCGGUUAUCCGGGGUGUGCAGUCUGCCCAUGGCACAAGGGUUUUGUAUGGAAGCUCAUCACCGUUACCACUUCGACUAUCUGACGAGAGAAUGCGUACCCUUCACGUAUGGCGGCUGCAAUGGGAAUGGUAACAAUUUCCAUUCCAUCGACGAGUGUCAGCGGACAUGCUAUGCACGUUGGCAGAAGUGCACCCAGCAUUUGGCAAGAGGCAGGUGUGGUGGAAGUAUGAAGAGGUGGUACUUCGAUACAAACACAAGAGCGUGCAUGAAUUUCAGCUACAGUGGAUGCGAAGGAAACCAAAAUAACUUUGUUUCCAGAAGAAACUGUGAGGUGGCUUGUUUUCCUGUAAUGAAGCCAGUUACAUGGCAGCUAUGGAAUGCUUCUCAUUCGAGUGAAUAUGAUGAAUAAACGUUACACUUGGUUUGAUCAA